GGCGGGCGCUGGGUGAUUGGUAGCUGGCUGGCAGCGUGCUUGCUCGCUGGCUGUAGGUCUGCAGAGAGGCAGCAGCGCUGAGCAGCAUAAUAUUAUAGGCAGAGGCUGCAGUCAGCUGGAGGAGGCGCAGCAGCAGGAGGAUCGGAGCAGCGAGGGAUCGGGAGACUGUUAGACUGUACCAUCACUCAGGGACUGUGGUCCACAAGACCUUUAACCACACAACACUGGAAAUGCCCACUCUCGCUCAACUUGGAAACUAUGCAGAGUUGGGCCUGAUUACCUUCAGCUAUGCAUCUCUUAAGUUUCCUCUCGGUAAUAGCCGUGCAGGCAGCAGUGCUGGCCACCAGUGUCCAUGACGACACCAUCACUGAGUUCUCAGUCAAGGUUUACCAUGAGCUAAGAGCUACAAAGGAAGAUGAGAACAUUUUCUUCUCUCCACUGAGCAUUGCUAUUGCGUUAGGGAUGGUGGAACUAGGUGCUCGUGGAUCAAGUCUUAAAGAGAUCCGACACGCGCUGGGAUAUGACAAACUGAAGAACGGUGAAGAAUUUUCUCUGUUAAAAGAUCUUUCCAGCAUGAUGACAGCCCAAGAAAGACAUUAUGUGCUCAGCAUUGCAAACUCCCUAUAUUUACAGAAUGGAUUUCAUAUCAGUGACAAGUUCAUCCAGUUAAUGAAAAAAUACUUCAAGGCAGAAGUAGAAAAUGUAGACUUCAGUCAAGGUUCAAUUGUAGCAAAUCACAUCAAUUCGUGGGUGGAAAAUCACACUAAUAAUCGUAUUCACAAUCUUUUGUCAUCUGAAGACUUCACAGAGCUAACAAAGCUAGUUCUGGUCAAUGCCAUCUAUUUUAAGGGUAACUGGAAAUCACAGUUCAGACCUGAGAACACCAGAACAUUUUCUUUUACUAAAGACGAUGAGAGCGAAGUACAGAUCCCAAUGAUGUACCAAAAAGGAGAUUUUUACUAUGGGGAGUUCACCGAUGGCUCUAAUGAGGCUGGUGGAGUUUAUCAAGUCUUAGAAAUGCCAUAUGAAGGAGAUGAACUCAGCCUUAUGCUUCUGCUGUCCAGACAGGAGGUUCCUCUCGCUACUCUUGAGCCUUUAGUCAAAGCAUCACUGAUUGAGGAGUGGGCUAAUGCUGUAAAAAAGCAAAAAGUGGAAGUUUACCUGCCAAGGUUCAAAGUGGAAGAAACGGUUGAUCUGAAGAAUGUGUUGACAAGACUUGGCAUUGUAGAGAUCUUCAGUAGACAAGCGGAUCUGUCUGCAAUAUCCGAAAACAAGGCUCUUUAUGUUGCCAAAGCCAUUCACAAGUCUUACCUUGAGAUUAAUGAAGAGGGCUCUGAAGCUGCUGCAGCCUCUGGAAUGAUUGCCACUAGUAGGAUGGCAGUGCUUUUUCCCCAGGUUAUUUUUGAUCACCCAUUCUUCUUCUUGAUUAGAAACCGUAAAACUGGCUGUGUCCUGUUUAUGGGAAGAAUCAUGCAUCCAGAGGCACUGAAUUCUGGGGGCCAUGAAUUUGAAGAACUCUAGUCCUUUACAUACAAACACACAGACAGACAGACACACACACACACACACACACACACACACACACACACAUAGGGAAACUGAUAUAUAAGCACAUUGUUUGCUAAUAUAAUUGAUGUUUGUUGCAUAAAUGUUUCUCUCUUUUUUUUUUUAAAGAUGAUAAUAUAUAAUAUAAACAGUAAGACAAAUACAGGUAGGGCUGUCCAAAUGUUUUCAAACCGGGACAUCCUUGUGACAUGGAGUUAGCACUGUCUGUAACUCAGAUUUACAGAAUCGCAAAUGGACUAGUUCUACUCUUAAUAUGUGUGUGUAGAAAUUCCAGGCAUUUCAGUAUUCCAGAUUGUCAGGAGCAAAAGCAGGGUUUGUACAGGGGAAAAUACUGGCGCAUGGAAGCCCCACGUUUAGGCUUUUUGCCUACAGUGUUAUGUUUCUCUUGCUGUUUUAUGGUUUUUAUGAUUGCCUGCCAAAUCAAGUUGUAUUCGUGUGAAAAUAUAUUUUUAUUUAGAGUACUGAUAUGUGAUUUAUUAUAUACUGUACCUGUCCAAGUUGAGUUUUAAGUGAAUGCAAUAUAUUUGUUGUUUGUUGUGCUAUAAAGUUGGUGUUUAAAAAUCCAA